AACCCGCUGGGUCACUUUUUAAAAUUCGGAUCCUCGAUGCAGGCUAGGAAAAGAGAGUGGUGGUCCGCAGCUGGAACUCUGUGGGUGUAGGUCACGGACAAGCGGAGGCAGGCUGAGAGAGCGCCUACAGACAGACGGGAAGAAGAACAGUUGAGUGUAAGCAAGACCAUAUUUUGAGCCAUAAUAGAACAAGCAGUUGGUGAGCCAGUGAGAGAGCAGGACACGCGGAUCCAUGUGAUAGAGGACAUUCCCAAGGUCAAGAACUGCACAGUGAUGGGAGGCUCUGGAUUCCUGGGGCAGCACAUGGCGGAGCCGUUGCUUGCAAGGGGCUACACCGUCAGCGUAUUUGAUAUCCGGCAAGGUUUCGAGAAUCCCCGGGUGCAGUUCUUUCUGGGUGACCUCUGCAACCAAGAGGACCUGUACCCAGCUCUGAAAGGUGUAGGCACAGGUUUCCACUGUGCAUCACCCCCACCAUCCAGUAACAACAAGGAGCUCCUUUAUAGAGUGAAUUUCAUUGGCAAGGUCAUUGAAACUUGCAAAAAGGCUGGAGUUCAGAAACUCAUUUUGACCAGCAGUGCCAGUGUCAUCUUUGAGGGCAGUGACAUCAAAAAUGGAACCGAAGACCUUCCUUAUGCCACGAAACCCAUAGACUACUACACGGAGACCAAGAUCCUACCAGAGAGAGCAGUUGUGGAUGCCAGUGACCCUGAGAGAAAUUUCUUAGCCACAGCUAUCCGUCCCCAUGGCAUUUUUGGCCUAGGAGAUCCCCAGUUGGUCCCCAUCCUCACUGAGGCAGCUGAGAAGGGCCAGAUGAAGUUCAUGAUUGGAAACGGGAAGAACCAGCAAUAUGAUGAUAACGGUAGAUCUCACCUUCGUGGAGAAGGUGGUCCAUGGACACAUCCUGUCUGCAGAGCACCUCUCCCAGGAUGCAGCACUGGGUGAGAAGGCAUUUCACAUCACCAACGAUGAACCCAUCC